AUGCAUUCAAUAGCCUCCCUCGGCCCCGGAGAUCUCACUCCAUUUCCCAACCCAGGAGUUCGCAGAAUUGGAUUUGGAGAAGAUCCACCUCAAUUCACCGUCGCCCAUCUUCUCAUCCAUGGCUGGGCUGUCCAGAGGUUAUCAGAAUGCAACGACCCACCCAUCGGCGACUUCAAAAUCUGGGCGAAAGAAGUCGAUUCACUCAGUCCAAAAGAGCGUGAAGAACUUCCGCGAGACUCAGACCUAAAAUCUUGCCAUACAUUAUGGCGUGAUCAAAUCUAUUAUAUGUGGAAUCAUGUCUUUUAUGAUGUUGGCAAUUGGAUGGCAAACACGUACGGCACUGGGACAUUCAAACCACCCAACACAGAGGUCUUCCCCAUCGAAUUCCCGAAACCCCACGAGAAUGGCGAUGGUGAGAAGAAACCUGUCGCAACUAAAGUUUGGGAUACAGAGACUCUGCUUGCUCCGGCUUACUUAGCCCCGGGGGUUUCUUUGCGCGUUGAGACGUUUGAGCCCGGUCAAGAGAAUGGUGAACCUUUUCACCCUGCGGACUUUAACCAUAAGGAUCGUUAUAACGUUUGGUAUGUGAAGAAGGGAUUGCAAAUGCGAUUUUAUGUUGAAGGAGACUGGGAUCAAAGCACGGAUGGGGUGGCUGCGGUGAUGGUCUACGGGAAUAUGUUAGGCGAGCCAUUCAAGUUUGUGGACGAAGAGAGUGAGGAGAGCGAAGAAGACGAGAAUGGUGAACAUGAAGAGUAG